AACCACACAGUGGAAUUCACACUCACCACACUAAAGUUUAUCAAGCAGCUCAGCUUCCUGUUUUUGUUAGUGCUCAGACCGGGGCUCCUGUGAUCAGAAGAAUGCCGACUGGGAUUUCAAACUCUGCACUAACAAUGCCUGAAUUUUCCUAAUCUACACUCUUGCUGCCUGCCCUGAUUUAUCUACUUUUUUUUUUUUUACUUCAUUUCUCUUUAAGGGUUUUGUUUGGGUUUUUUUUUAGUGUUAUUUUUCAAUCUGCCCUCUUACUACUCUAUCGAGGAAGACUGUGUCGCACAUGAGAGAGAACCUUUUACUAAAGUGUCAUGAAUUAUACAUACUGAAGGAUUUAACAGUGGGAGAGAGGGAGCAGAAAGUAGGCACAAUAUGUAAGCGGGCAGCACGGCAGCUUGUGCCAUGGACUAUUCCACGUGACUGGCUUAACCUGGGAGGCAGCUUAUAGAAGCCUUUGUCAUACUUGUACCUUUUGCUGUACCGGCGCUCUGCUUCUUGUGGAAGGGCAGAAGUUGUUAUCUUCACUAUGGAAACACUCAGGGAGUCUUUUUUGCACUUGACAUUUCAGAUGUCCACCUACAAGAGAGCUACGUUUGAGGAAGAUGAUCUCGUGGACUCAACAGCAGAUGAGGUGUACCCUAAUGGCAUGCAGGUGAUUGUCAGCCAGAAAAGUCAUGGUCACAAGUGCUGGUCUGAGAGGACGUCAGUGGAGAAGAGGCUACUGGUUAUCUCUGCACUGCUCUCACUUGCUCUGCUAAUUUGUAUCCUCGUCCUCGGGCUGCACUACAAGAACAGUGCUUUGCUUAAAUUUCUCGGCCCUCAGGCUCUUCCUAAGGAUACCUCCACUGAUGAAGCAACACCAUCAACUUCAUCCUCAACAUCAACAGAUGCAUCACUUCUCAGUGCUGAUGUUUUCUAUUCAACACAAGCUACACCGUCAAUAGCAUCUCUCACAGUGGAAGAUACUGCAUCCAGAACAGAAAUUGUGUCUACACCACUUCCCAACACUGAGGUUACCUCUACAGCUCAAGCACACUCAAGGCUUUGCUUGUCAGAGUCCUGCAUCACCGUGUCCAGCUCCAUACUGGCGUCUUUGGAUCGCUCUGUGAACCCCUGUGAGGACUUCUACUCCUACGCAUGUGGUGGAUGGGUGAAGAGCAAGCCACUCCCUGAUGGCCACUCUCGCUGGGGAACCUUUAACAAUCUUUGGGAGCACAACCAGGCAAUAAUGAAGCAUCUUUUAGAGAAUACAACUAUGAAUGGAACAAGUGAGGCAGAGCGCAAAGCCCAAAGGUAUUUUCAGGCCUGCAUGAAUGAACAGAAGAUAGAAGACCUGGGAGCCUUGCCUCUGAUUAGACUUAUUAACGAGACUGGUGGAUGGAAUGUGACUAGUCCAUGGAAUAAAGACAAUUUUCAGGAGGUCUUACAAAGAGUUUCUGCAAAUUACCACACGUCUCCAUUUUUCUCAAUAUAUGUGAGCACAGACUCCAAGAACUCAAACAGCAAUAUCAUCCAGAUAGAUCAGUCAGGAUUGGGCCUUCCCUCUAGAAACUACUACCUCAAUAAAACUGCCAAUGAAAAGGUGCUGACUGCUUAUCUCAGCUUCAUGGUGGAGCUGGGGGUACUACUUGGUGGCUCAAACGUUUCUACAUGGGACCAAAUGCAGAAGGUUCUGGACUUUGAGACUGCCCUUGCCAACAUUACUGUGCCCCAAGAAGACAGAAGAGACGAGGAGCUAAUCUAUCAUCGAAUGCAAGCUAAGGAGUUGCAGACUCUUGCUCCUGCUGUGGAAUGGAUGCCCCUUCUCUCAGUUAUGUUUGCACCCAUUGAGCUGAAUGACUCUGAGCUAGUCGUGGUGUACGCCAAGGAGUAUCUUCAGAAAGUCUCUGAUCUCAUUAAUAGCACUGAUAAAAGCAUCCUCAACAACUACAUGAUUUUAACAGUGGUACGUAAAACAGCAUCCAGCCUUGACCAGCGAUUUCAGGAUGCAGAGGAGAGGUUUUUGGAGGUCAUGUAUGGAACUAAGAAGAGCUGUACCCCUCGAUGGAAGUUAUGUGUUAGUGAUACAGACAGUGCCCUUGGUUUUGCACUGGGAGCCAUGUUUGUGAAGGCCACAUUUGCCGAAGACAGCAAGAAAAUAGCCGAAGAUAUGAUCUCUGAAAUAAAAACAGCAUUUGAAGAUAGCCUUAAAGAUGUGACCUGGAUGGAUGACGAGACCAGACAAGCUGCUAAAGAGAAGGCUGAUGCUAUAUAUAACAUGAUUGGUUACCCAAAAUUCAUUAUGGACAACAAAGAACUGGAUAAAGUGUUUAAUGAUUAUGAAGUGGUGUCAGACCUCUAUUUCCAGAAUGUGAUGCAGUAUUAUAACUUUUCAGCAAAGGUGAUGGUGGAUCAGCUGAGAAAAGCCCCCAAUCGUGAACAGUGGAGUAUGACCCCCCCAACAGUCAAUGCCUACUACUCCCCCACUAAAAAUGAGAUGGUCUUUCCUGCAGGGAUCCUCCAAGCUCCUUUCUACAGCAGAAAGUGGCCAAAAUCCUUAAACUUUGGUGGAAUUGGAGUAGUAAUGGGACACGAACUGACUCAUGCUUUUGAUGACCAAGGACGUGAAUAUGACAAAGAAGGAAAUCUGCGGCCUUGGUGGAAAAACUCAUCGAUAGAAGCCUUCAAGAAGCAAACAGAAUGCAUGGUAGAGCAGUAUGGGAACUACAGCAUCAACAAUGAGGCUCUGAAUGGGAAGCACACUCUUGGAGAGAACAUUGCUGACAACGGGGGACUAAAAGCAGCCUACAAUGCCUAUGAGAAUUGGAUUAAGAAAAAUGGAGAAGAAGAAGUUCUUCCUGCAUUGGAAUUAACUAAUGAGCAGCUCUUUUUUGUAGGAUUUGCACAGGUGUGGUGUUCAGUUCGGACUCCAGAGAGUUCUCAUGAAGGCGUGAUCACGGACCCUCACAGCCCAUCCCGUUACAGAGUCAUUGGCACGGUAUCUAAUUCGUUGGACUUCUCCAAACAUUUCAACUGUCCAGUUGGCUCCCCCAUGAAUCCAAGACAAAAGUGCCAACUUUGGUAGUUUGCCAGUAGCCAGUCUUACAAGAGCUUUAAUGUGAAGAGGAGCUGGAAUUCUGGGAUUGAAAACCACUAUAACAAAAUGCUUCAAGUGACCAGCUAGAGGUUGACUAAUGAGAAUAAAGAGCUCAGCUAAAAAUAUAUAAAGAUGUUUUUAAAGAUUAAUGAUAUAUUUUUUGACAUUGUACAUGAUUUGAGCACUGGACUCCACAGCAAGCGCGAAAAUGCAGCUGUGCAGAAUAGAUGGAUUUUUUAUAUAGAUGCAUAUAUAUAUAUAUAUAUAUA